AUGUGCGGCAAGUUCGGCCUUCUAGGUCACAUCGACGGCACCAUUGCGACCCGUUUGGCUGAUCCCACCUGGAAUCAGCCCGACGCUUGUGUGCGCAGCUGGAUGUACGGCUCCGUCUCCGAUGGCGUCAUUGACCUUGCCAUGGCGCCGGAUCAGACCGCCCGCGACCUCUACACGGCCAUCCGUGAUCUGUUCCAGGCGAACCAGGAGCCGCGCGCUGUCAUCCUGAACCAGGAGCUCGCUUCCUCGACUCAGGGUGAUCUCCCCAUCGAAGCCUACACCGCGCAGCUGAAGCAGAACGCCGAUGCUCUUCGCGACGUCGGCCACCCCGUGCAGGACCAUCAGCUGGUGCUCACCCUGCUGAACGGCCUCAACCCGCGCCUCUCCAACACCGCCGAUUUCAUCGCCAACACGAGGCCGCUGCCGUCCUUCACCUCGGCAGUGAACAUGCUUCGUCUGAAGGAACUCCGCCUCGCCAAUGACAACAAGGUCGCCUCCAACUCCGCCCUUGCCGCUUUGACUACGGUUGCCUGUACCUCGCCUUCCUGCCGCUCCACGCCCUCGUCCUCGCAGCCUCGUGGCGGUGGCAAGGGCAAGGGCAAGGGCAGAAAGGGUGGCGGCAACGGCGGAGGCAACAGCGGUGGCGGUGGUGGUGGUGGUCGCGGCGGUGGCCGCAACCAACAGCAGCACGGCGGCCAGGGUUCCUAG